AUUCGUCUUUCUUGUGCUCCAACUCUGCCUCUCACUCCACUUCUCUUCCAUCCUUUCUUCUCCAAUCCACCCUUUCAUCAUGCGUGGUGUUCGGCAUUUCCAAGAGACAGUCUCUGUGGCUCCCAACGGAUACCUUCACUAUAUGCUGCAGUUUUGGCAGCAUUGCUAGGUAACUUGUCUUGAAUUCUUACUGAAGGCCUAGAGGGCGGUGCUUCCGUUGAUUUAGAUUGCAUGUCCCUAUGGAAUUAGUCUCAGAGUCAGCUUGAGGAGAGUCGGCCUUAUAAAUGACGGCGUGUACGCUGAAGCAAAGUCGAGUUGAGCUCGUCUCGUCACUAGUACCCAUUUUGUCUCCCUAUUUCAGGUGUCUUGACUCUUGAACGUCUGUCUCCGCCGCAUCCCGCAGCAUCAAAUCCCUUGGACUUUUCUCUUCUGCUUUUCGAUUCACAAAACACCCGCUACAAAUAGUGGAGUCGGGACGGCAGGGAAUACAUUAUUUUUUAGGCGCCUGGAAAAUAGACUCCGCACGGAAUACAUUAUACAUCUUCGAUUAGCAGAUUAAACGAGGACUAGUGUUCUGGCGCGGCUCGCCGCCAUGGCAUGCCUCCACUUCCAACCCUCGCUACUCGCACCAGCGGCAGCAGCAGUCGCAGCGUUACAAUCACACUCUCGACAGAAUUCACUCCCGUUAGUAGCUCGACUCGGAUGUAGAAGCAGCAUUCGCGAAGGACUCGCCGAAGUUUCAGCUGCUAAGCUCCCACGGCCAAAGUUGAGCUCUCGCCGCCAAUUCCGUGUCGCGUCCGGAGCGGUUUGCGUGCGCGCUCAAGGUCCCACUACCGCCGCCGCCGCCGCCGCUGCAGACGCUGCGGGAGCACCCGAAUUUUCUGAGCUCGCGUCCAUCGCGCAAUCGGCGCCGCCAGAAGCGGAGAAGAAGCAGCCAAUCAGUGACCUCGUGUGGCCCGCCGUUGGCGCCUUCGUGUCGUUUGCUGGAUUCGCGUUAGCGGACCACCUGCUACAGUCACACGGUCUUACAGUCUCGCUUGGCUCCUUCGGCGCCGUCUGCUGCCUCCUCUUCGCCCUGCCACAAGCACCGGUGUCUCAGCGCAAGACGAUACUCAUCGCCCAUGCAGGGACGGCCCUCAUAGGAGUCGCCCUCUUCUGCCUGCUGGGGCCGUCCUGGCUCGCAAAAGCCACAGCUGUUGCUGCUUCCAUCGCCUUCAUGCAAUUUACCAACUCCGUCCAUCCUCCUGCUGCUGGCCUCCCGCUGAUUUUCCUGGACGCUCCCAAGUUCCACCGCCUCAAGUGGUGGUAUCCACUCUUCCCUGGCCUUGUUGGCUGUCUCUGGCUCUUCCUCGUUCAAGAGGUGAUCCUGCUCUUGAAAGACAACGUGAAGUUCUAAUUGAUUUGCUCAACACGUAGAAAACGAUCAUAUUUGUAAUAUAUGUGAAGUUAGAGGCUUCAAUUUCUCCAUGUCCCUUUUUCAAUGCAUAUUUAGUUUGCCAUGCAAAAGUCAACAGU